CCCACUUUUACACCAAGGCCAAUCUCAAUUGGAUCUCCCCCACCCUGUUCGUCUAUCAACUGCACGCUUUCUCACCUGCUCCUGCUUCUGCGCUCAACUCGCUGUCACAAUGUCCUAACUCAGAAAGGGGUGGAAAUAAUUAGAAUAAACUGUUUACAUCUUCUGAAACUAACCAGGAAGAGGCUACACGGAGAAAAUAAAUUGUGUGGAGAUUGAUCUAAUGAAUGGAAGUGUGAUAAUUUCUGAACAGAAAUCCUGAAACGUCUUGGAGAAACUAAACUGAUUCAGUUGAGAAUCCUGCCCCAGAAACUGAUUCAUAUCUACAGUCUUCAGUCAGUAUUUGCUUAGAGAUGGAUUUGGAAGUGGCACCCUGUGAUGCAAGCUCUAGUCUCUGUGCCCAAAAGAAGAGAAAGAAGCACAAGCAAAGGCACAAUUCCAUGGAAAAUAAUCAUACAGAUCAUGGUCAUCGGGAGGGUACUUCUUCAAUGGAGAAUAGACCCCUUGGUAGUGAUUCACCUCAAGAGCCUCCAGAUAAUAGCAGUGCAAAGCUGGAUCUGGAAGCCCAACUUGAUUCAGAUGUGAAAAGGUUGGAGAAAAACAAAGGCAGAAACAAGCAUGAGAAGAGACGUUAUUCUCUGAAAGAUAAGGCUUUAGGCUAUGGUGCUUCAGAAGAGGGUACAUCUUUAAAGAACCUAUCAAUGGAACAAAAGUCUGCAGUUAACACACGCUUAAAUUUGGAAAAGACUGAACCUAGUGCAGAAGUGGGUUCAUCUCAUAAAAAGACUAAUAAGGGAAAAAGGUGGAAGAAGAGGCAUAAUGACUUCAAAAUUAAUGGUACAGAUCAUGAUCUUCGUGAGGGUGGUCAUGUGCCUAGCACAGAUUUAACAAUUAUCAACCAUUCUGAAAAAGCGGAUGUGAGUUUUAUUUCAUAUCCUAGUUCAAUAAAGAACCAUGAUGACAAAGCUGAUGAUGAUGCUGCUUUGCUUGAAAUGAAAAAUGAUGUUAAUAUCAAUAAGAGGAAGACAAAAAUCAAAACCUAUGGCAGGAGAAAGACAAGGUUCUCCAAUUCCUCAGAAAGUAAUUUGGAAUCUAUGAAGGAAGAUGGUAUGAGCUCCUCAACGCAGGUUGUACAAAGUAAUUCAACUGGGGUGUAUUCUUUUAAACAUUCACUUAAUGACCCUGGAUCUGUCCUUUCAGGGAAUAAGUUGGCAAGGCUCCGGGUGGAAGAUGGUACCUCAGUACAUCCUCUGAAAGAUAUUGCAAUGGAGGCAGCCUUUGUUAACUGUUCAGAUAGUAAACCUACAUCUGAGAAAAGGAAGAAGAACAUGGUGAGCAAUUUAAAAGAUGCUACUGAUGAAACUAGUUUUGUAAAGAUGCCAGUUAUCCCUGCUGGGAACUCUGAACCUGUAAAUGGGGUUAAGCUAGAUAAGAUGAAGGGUGCAUUGCAGGAUGAGGCUGAGAACGUGGAGGAAGAAACUGAGGUGAAAGAAAUAAUUCCUUCUUCAUCACAUUUAGGUGCUAUAAAAGAUGAUGUCAAAAUAGUUAACAAAGAGGAGAAUCCUCCACAUACAUCACAAUCUCUUCCAGAAAGAGCUGUUAGUUGCCAUUCCAGAAAGAAGCUCCUUAUACUUGAUGUGAAUGGAUUACUUGCUGAUAUUGUUCCAUAUUUUGUUGAAGGAUAUAAACCGGACAUAGUAGUUUCACGGAAAUCAGUUUUUAAGAGACCCUUCUGUGAUGAUUUUCUGCAGUUUUGCUUCGAAAGAUUUGAUGUUGGUGUUUGGUCAUCAAGAACCAAGAAAAAUGUGGAUAUGGUGCUUGAAUUUCUUAUGGCAGAUGCCAGACACAAAUUGCUUUUUUGUUGGGAGGUAUACCAGGAGCACCAAGUCUGAUGAUACUUUCCCUCUUUUACAAAGUUUGGAAGUUCUCUCUUAGAAGCUCCGUAAUUGAUUCCCUUUUGUUUUCUCCAUGUGUUCAAACAUGUGAAAGGGACCUAUUUUAUUCAUGUUUGAGGGGAAUUUGCCAUUGAAGGUGACUUUUCUCAGUUUAUGCUUUCUUAUUUCACAGAUCCAUGGUCCAUAUAAGUAUACUUACAGUCGCACAUCACCAUAGUUCCCUUUUAAUUACACUAUAUUGGUUAGGACAGAAAUUGAAACUUUCGUGUAAGAGUAUUUUUGUGAAUUCUAUGCAGAAUCUAUGCAUUAAAAUGUUGCUUUGUAAAGUUGAAUCAUCAAAAUUCUAGUGCUCAGUAAUAACAUAUCUAUGAUAUGUUGAAUGUUUGUAUUUGACUCCACUACCUGAGUAUUUUUCGUGAAAUUGGUUACAUAGAGUAAUAAAGUAAUAACAUACUUUAUUGUUAUAAUAUAUGUGUGGGCUACACAAUAUGGAGAAAUUAGAGACAAUACAUAUUAUGUUUUAUAAGUUGACAAGCUCAUAAAUAAUCUUAGUAUAUUAUUUUCAGUUUGGAGUAUCCAUGGUAUGUGUUACCAUUUGGGUGACACUUUGGGAAUUCAUAAGAAUAUAUACCCAUUUUUUCAGAAAUUCUGUGUGAAGGCCACCUUGAAUGUGUUAAGUUUUCAAAGAGGGUUUUAUGUGGUCCUCAAACUCAAUUGAAUAUCCUUAGGAUUCGAUACUUAUCAAUACAUGCUUUCCUGUAAGCAACAACUCGGGUUUUAUAAUCUCAUGUUUGUAAUAUGUUAUUUCAUUAUCAUUUCCGUUUUGAUGAGAAUUGCUUUUAUCUCCUCUGAGUGGAUGUUAGUUUGAAAGAACCUUUCACUCCAUCCAUAAGUUCUAGAAUUUGAAAAAAAAAAGAAAAAUAUAGACCAUUUUGUCAUUGUUGACACAAUAAAAGUCUUGCCUGUCCUGAGGAAGGUUGGCUGCAGUUGAUCACCACAUUCAUAUCUAUUUUGAUUCUUGUUCUUGGGAAAUGCUUCUUUCUUAACUAUGUUUUAUUGUUUUUUCUGCUUAAAUCUGAAUUUUUAACUAUUCUGCUUCUGGCCAUAAAACCAUUCAACAAAUCAUCAAAUUUGUAGCAAAUUCAAAGCUGAAAUGAGGUUAUUUUUGGUUUGCUAUUUAAAUUUUAUUUCUGUACCUGUAAUGCUGAAAGCUUCAGCCACUUGAACUUUUCACAAUAACUGUAUCUAAGCCAUGCCAGCAUUGCUGAAUUAAUGACUCUAUUAGCCAAGCCACUUCCUUUUCUUUGAUAUGUAUUAGCAACUUCAUGCUUUCAGAUAUGGUUUUAAAUGUGUGAAUGACCAUUGAAUC